CGUGUGUGUGUAUUCCACACUUACUCAGGUCAUUACAAACAUCUUCGAGUCAAAACCCAGGGGGAAUAUUUUGAAUUUCGGACACACGUCGAGGUUUCCAGGGGCUUUGUAUCCUGCCAGGCGAGAGGAACCUGUUUUAAAUCUUCUCUGUUCGGAUAUGUCUGGUCCACUGGAGAGGGUGGUAGCCCAGAAGAAAGAGGCCAUUGAAGCAAUAAUGGAGAUGUUUGAGAAGGGGUCUGAGGUACUGGCCAGUGCUGUCGGAGAGCUGUGUCCUCUUUUUGAAGCUGCUGCCCCAGUUUUGAGGUUGGUCCUGGACAACGUGGAAAGCAAGGAGGUCAUAUAUGUGAAAGAUCAGUUUCUAGCUGUGAGGAGCAAACUGGAUGUCCUCUCAUCUCAACUGGAAGACAUUAACUGUGAGAUAAAGAAGGGACGCUUAGAUUCUCAAUACUUCUCCGUGGAGGAAAAUAUACUUAACCAGUUUAGAAAAUAUAUGGAAAUACUGGAGGCCAAACCAGAGUACAAAGAGGUCAGAAAACGUGUGUUCCUGCAACACUUUCCCAAAACCGGAGGAGACAAAAAUCUCUUCACGCUUUAUGAUGCCCUGAUGGGAAACGGCACAUUUGGGGAGCCGAUACUGGAUGUCGUGGAGGAAUAUGAGGCUAGAAACAGAAGAGUGCUGGAAGACUUCUGUGUUAGGCUAAAGGAGCUUCUUUGCCUGGGAAUAAUCGCUUUACUUGGAUAUUACUUUCUUUCUCAGGGUGAAGAGGUGGAGCAAGAGAAGAUUCAAGAAUGGAGCAUAAAGAUCGAAGAAAUUGAGAUGAAGAUGAAGGAGACCAUCGAGAGAUGUGUGAAUUCAUUUCCAGAGCAAGCUGAACUGGACAUCAAGAGACUUGUGAAGGAGAGAGAAGAUGCAAACCUCCAGGAUUUGGCUAAAGAGCUUCUGGAUUUCCUGGUGAAGAAGUACGACUGGGUGAGCUGGUCCAUCAGAGUCAUUACUAACAUGAGCAAGUUUAGCAACCUGAGAGCCGGACAAAACUUUCAGUGUGUGGCCGGACAGAAAUAUUUUGAAGUUUCUCAAGGAAGCGACACCAACCUGGUGGUCUCCUACUGCAGCGACCCACAGCCUGUGCCCGAUGAAAACAUUAAACAGAUGAUGGAAGGUCCUGUGAAGAAAGGCGAUCCCAAAACUGCAGUGGAGCUUCUGGAGAAGCAGUUAUCUGGGUUUUUGGUUCAUGCUAUCAGUCGUCACAAAGAGAGCUUUGCUGUGUCGAGUUUUCCUGAAGAAUGUCACUACUGGGAAAAACACAAGAAUGUAAAUCUGUGUGUGCAUUCAGAAUAAAUUUAGAGAAUUAUGUGUGGUGUUUUACCAAUUUAAAUAUACUAUAACCAGUGCACUGUAUUUCUUCAUCCAUACUGUACCUUUAAGAGCAGCAGCUAUUCAUAUUUAUUGUCAGCUACUCUGUCUCUAAAAUUAUUGUACUGUAAUUCUUCACAAACUCUUUAUUGCACAGAAAUUAUAUCAACAUUCUACUUCCUAAAUAACUGACAUUAUAAAGAAGACUAUAAACAAAGGGUCAUCCUAUUAUGUGGUUAAUUUGUAUUAUAGGAUAGAUUUGCCAUGUUAUGUCAUGCUAUAAAUGUAUAAAUGUGUCUAAGCCUGAAAUCAUGCCUUUAAAAAGUAUCAUGCAUAAAA